GUCUGGAAGUUUGAGCAGCAUUACGAACGUUCGUUGUCAGCAGAAAUGCUGUGGAGUGAAGAUGACGAUUUCAAUGAUCAACUUACUUUGGCACCGCUCUAUAAAAGGGUUGGUACGAAAGGAAUGAACAGCACUGAUUACAACACAAAAGCUUUGGCUGAAUAUGCCAUCAGUAAACAUUCGGCAAAUGGGUCUCUAUCGAAUGAACAUCAUGGAUUCAAUCAGCCGCUUAUCAAUUAUGAGAACAUACGAUUUAUGGGAGAGAUCACCAUUGGAACACCACCACAACGUUUUACCAUGUGGUUCGAUACGAGUUCACAUGGUCUUUGGGUACCAUGCGAAGGAUGUUUCAGCGAGAGUUGCUUUGGUCGUAAUAAGUUCAGUUGCUGGUUCUCAAGCACGUGUUCGUCAUUCGACUAUGCAUCUACUGUUGAUUCCGGUCAAGGGUUUACUUGGGGUUAUUUCAUGGAGGAUGUAGUUUGUGUGCGUUUUCUAAAUUCUACUCCAUCCUCUCAAUUCGUUCACCUGAUAUAA